UUCACUUCAAAUAUCAAAUUCUAUAACAGUCACCGUAUUUAUUAGUUUUAAAAUAAAUUGUUUGUGAGAAUCGGAAAAAUUUACUUGUGGCCAUGUGUGAGAUUAAGACAAAUUUUGUAUCGCACGAUCUAGUGCAUAAUUUGCGAUGCAACAGGCGUGGCCCAAGGAUAAGGCACGAUAUGAGAAAGACGAAGUUUUGGCCGGGAGCCCGUUUCAUGUGCGUUUGCAAGGACGGCGAUCUGAAUACGGCCGCCUAUUGUUUGGCGGAGUUGAUGCAGGAGCCAUUCCAGCCAUUUCCGAUGGCCUCGGUGGCGGUGCACCAUUCGAUCCGGGAUGAGUUCAUCGAAAGGCUGCGGAGUCGCUUCCGACAGCUGAGGCCGCAUGUGGCCAACCACCCAAAUUUCGUGCGAGCGGUUGAGGAGCUGAAACACGGACUAAGACCGGUUAAAUACGUUCUGGCCGAUGUGGCCGAUGCUCCGGCUUGUGCCAGUCCGAUUUUGGUAACGAGUGGGGUCACCCACUUGUUCUUUCCCAGCGGACCAUCGGGGUGUACGACUCUGCACACCUUCACCACUAUGCAGAAAGUAGCGGAAAUCUUCGGGGCAGAGACACCGAAGUUCGAUGCGGUCUACUUCUUCGACGAGGGCAUCUCGAGUGUUUACACCUUGGCCAAGCUGAUUAAGUGCGUUCAGUUCUUUGUGAACUGCAUGGAUGCCUGUCUGCUGGAAAUAAUGCCAUACUAUAUGAACCAUACGCCCAUGGUGAUCUACAAGAGGGGCUAUCACUACGAGACCCUCGAACUUGGCAAUCAGUGGAAGAUCAUCGUAUUUCCCUACAGCACCACGAUAUUGAGGCAAUGUUGCUGCCCCACUGGCCAAUGUCGCUGUUAUGCAACCCACUCGGCCUGCUGCGAGGACCAUCUGCACACUUAGGGGGAAAGGGAACUCCUCUUCUAACCCACACCACUCCGGUUACAAUUUCGACUUGGAACUUGGAACUCCAUCUUGGCAAAGGAAAUCGCAACUUACUCCGUCUGUUCUUCGACUGGCGACGUCGCCUCAGAAAUCCGCAGUUCCAAUGAGUAGUUUGCGACUGGCAACACAUGUAAGCCAUAAUUUUCGCGGUACUUGCCUCUUGAAUUGCCAGUAAAGUGCUUAUUGGCUAUGAAAAAAUUGUGCUACAGUGUAAGGAAAGUAUAGUUUAAUGGGCAACUUAGGGUUGGCUAGAAAAUACUGAAUAAUUUGGAAAAAAUUUAAGAAAACAGUUUUCUUAAAAUAUAAAUUUUAAUAAAUUAAUGUGUGUGGAUAAAAUAUAUA